AUGUCUUCGCAGCAGCAGCAGCAGCACUGCCCACCCCAGCAGGUCCAGCAGCAGCAGGUGAAGCAGCCCUGUCAGCCGCCGCCUGUCAAGUGCCAAGAGACCUGUGCACCCCAAACCAAGGAUCCGUGCACUCCCCAGGCCAAGAAGCAAUGCCCACCCAAGGGCAUGAGCCAGUAG